AUGCAAAGCUAUCUUUCUUGUAAGACUUGGUGUGGCUAUUGCAAGAGCAUGAAGAAACUGUUCUCUGAGCUUAACGUGUCCAACAAGGUUAUCGAACUGGAUGAAGAAAGUGAUGGAGGUGAAAUCCAAUCCACUCUAAAGGAGUGGACCGGUCAGAGUAUUGUUCCUAAUGUAUUCAUAGGUGGGAAGCACAUUGGUGGCUCGGAUGCCAUUAUGGAGAAGCAUCGAGCUGGGAAGCUGGUGCCGUUGCUAACCGAAGCAGGUGCCAUUGCGAAUGCCUCUGCACAGCUCUGAAUAUUGGUGUCAUGAAUAAGAUGAUUAAGU